AUAUGAAAAAGAAAGAAUUAUAUAAUCGAGAAAAAUAGAGAAUAUGGAAAAGUAGAGGCGUACGACAAAGAAGACCUUAACACACACAAUUCAAGCAAUAUAUAAAAAAAAAAUCCAAUCUUUGUUCCUCAAAAAUCCUCUGCUUCGCGUUUUUCUUCGGCAUUGACUUUACCAAUCACAACUUUCUCCGGGAUCGCCGAUUUAUCUUCGUUUCAACCAUGACUCGUGGAAGUCAGAGAGAGCGUGACCGUGAAAGAGCUGCCGCUCGUGCUGGUGGAAAGGGUAAGAAUGGUGACGAUGGUUUGACGCCGGAGCAACGCCGUGAAAGAGAUGGGAAAGCAUUGCAAGAGAAAGCGGCUAAGAAAGCUGCUCAAGCUGCAGGUGCGAGUUCUGGUGGUGCAGCUGGAGGAAAAGGAGCUGCUGCUAAGAAGUGAUGAUGAUCAUUUGGUUUGUCUUUUGAGCAUAUUGUAGACUUUAUGUUUGAAAUUGGGUUGUUUAGACCUGAAGCUUUGACUCUUGUCUGAAAUCCCAUUAUAAUGUCUUUGUGUUGAAUUUGCAAUUUGAUGCUUAUGGUGAAAUCUUAUUUGGUCUUUCUUUGAUCUGUUAUGAGGUUAAAGUUACAAUUAUACUGUCUCUUAUGGUUCUUAUUACUCUGAGUUUAUGUUUCACUCUCAGAUAUGUUUGGAAUCUAUUCAUAUAGAAUUAUAGAUCUGAGUUGUCAUAGCUAUUUGAUGCAUAUGGUGAAGGCUUGUUUAGUCUCUCUUUUGGGGCAUUGUAGUUCUUGUUAGGCUGACUUUAUCUAUCACUCUUUCU